UUUCGAGUCAGUCUGCUCCCAGUGCUAAAGGAGGAAGGAGGUACUAACACUUCUUAUAAAAAAAAGCCUCUCACCUAGCCCUAGAACGAAGCCCUCCAGUGACAAUGUCUGAAGAAGGUAACGUGAAAGUCCUCAACGAAACAGGCGAAGGAAGCCAUGCGCAGGACCUCGACUCCGUGGCUGUGUCCCAACGGCUGCAAAGGGCGAUGCUGAAGAUGACGGGGAAGUUUUUAGACGAAACAACAGGCAAAGUGAAUUAUACAAGUCUGAGAACAUCGGAGGAAUUCAGGGAAUAUUGUGCGAUGGCGGGACAGCUUCGUGCAGUCGACGUCGAGAAACUGGACGAGAAGGAGAAGCUGGCGUUCUUUAUCAACGUCUACAACGCCCUGACGGUGCACAGCCUGACGGAGAUUCAGGGCGAGAGGAGCAUCGACACCGCCCUCGAUGUCCCCGCCUUCUGGAGUAGCCACGCCUACAGGAUCGGCCCCUUCGUCUGCUCUCUGGACGAUAUCGAGCACGGGGUUCUCAGAGUGAACAAGGCCCACCCUAGCACCGGACGACCCGUGAUGCCCGAGGACGACCCGAGACUCAAGUACCAGGUCUCGACACUUGAGCCUCGGAUACACUUCGCCCUCAACUGCGGCGCUAUGUCCUGCCCGAUGGUCCGCGUCUACAGCAGCAACAACUUGGAAGUGGCUCUCGAGGGUGCUACGAGGUCCUACUUGACCCAGGAAGUGAAAGUCGAGGACGAGGUGGUGAGGCUGCCCGAGAUCCUCAGCUGGUAUCGAGAUGACUUCGCUCCCGACCAGAUGGGGAUGCUGAGAUGGAUCAGGACGUACCUGGAGGAGAAGGAGCAGCUGGCCCUCGACACUCUGAUGGCAACUGGAGGCUCAGCUGGUCCCAAGGUCGAGUUCUUCUACAACUGGUCCUUGAAUAAACUCUAGCAAGGGCUGAACGACCGGGUUUCUGUGAAAGGAGGAUUUUUCUUAAUUUUGUUUCUGGGUCGAAUGUAUUUUUUGAAAAAUGUACAUGUUGGAUGUACGUUUUGAAGUGGGAAAUAUAGAUUAUUAUUACUGUUAUUGUCAUUAUUAAUAUUAUUAUCAUCAUUAUCAUUAUUGUUAUUAAGUAAUAAUAAGGUAAGACGUUCUUGUUGGUGGAUGGAGUUAUGUAUAUAUUUUCUUUGAAUAGAUUUUUUUGGUUGAA